AUGCUAGCUAUAGUUAUUCUUUUAUUAGAAACUUAUAGGGUUGUAAUUUGUGUCUCUUGCGUUUAUUGGACUCUGGAAGUGGAAGAAGCAUUUAUGGCUAAACAAAUGCAAGAAUAUCUUCAAAAGUGCAACAAACAAAUUGAUCAGAUUGUUCGUCUUGUUCGUGGGCCGUUAACAAGUGGAGAACGUAUAACUCUUGGAGCCUUGACCGUGAUUGAUGUACAUGGUGAGUUAAAUCCAUAUUAA